GCAUUGCCUAAAACUCUAACUUCUGAAGUAAGUCUACAGGCAUUUGUAUUCCGAGAGCUUUUACUUUCUCAUAUUCCUGAAAGUAGUAACUUGCAAUGAGCUGUGGAUUCCCUUCAUCUGGGCGGUUGAGAUCUGGCGGUUAGAUUGUGGCGGUUAGAACCGGAAUGAAUGGUAAUAAUGGAUAUAGAAGCAUUCGCAUCAUGCCAAGUUUACAAUUUGUGGAAUAUUGUUCAACAGAAUUUGUCUCAGCAACGAAACUAUGAACACUACGGAAAGAAUACCCAAUAUUUUUCCUAUUGAUCCUAAUCUGUCACCAACGCAACAGCCAAAGCCUCUACACAAUAGAUGGCAUCCUGAUAUUCCACCAAUUGCACAAGUCAAGGUGAAUUCAGUAUUUCGGGUGGAUAUGAUUGACUUCACAGGUGGUCAAAUUAAGAAUGACGAUAAUGCAGAAGAUGUAAAGUCUAUUAAUAUCAAUAAGAAUCACCAUUUGUCUGGUCCUUUUAGUGUAUGUGAUGAAAACGGUAAACCAGCCAAACCAGGAGACCUUCUCGUUGUUGAAUUGUGUGACCUUGGUGCUCUUCCUGGUCAUGAAUGGGGAUAUACUGGAAUUUUUGUUCGAGAAAAUGGUGGUGGCUUUCUUACAGACCAUUUUCCAAAUGCAGCAAAGGCUAUUCGGGAUCUUGAAGGAGUUUAUGCUUCUUCAUGUCACAUACCAGGAGUACAAUUUGCUGGAAAUAUUCAUCCAGGUCUCAUUGGAACUGCUCCCAGUAAAGAACUUUUAGAAAUAUGGAACGAAAGAGAACGCAAAUUGUUAGAGGAAGACAUCGAGAAGAUGUCACUUGCCGCUGUGUUGCAUCAUCGUCCUAUGGCUAUGCUACCGGAACCAAAAGAAGCUCUAUUAGGUGCAAUAAGCCCAAAGAGUGCGGAAUUUGAGCUGAUUGCAGAGGAAGCUGCGCGUCCCAUUCCUGGAAGAGAAAACGGUGGAAAUUGUGACAUUAAAAACUUGACAAGAGGAAGCAGGAUUUAUUUGCCAGUAUUUGUUGAAGGUGCGAACUUCUCUGUGGGCGAUCUUCAUUCUAGUCAAGGUGAUGGCGAAGUGUCUUUCUGAAAUGUCCGUAUUUGCGAUUAUGCGUUGUCAAAUU